ACUUAAUGAGCGCGCUCCACUUGGAGGCGCGUGCCACACCAACCAUUUGGGUGGAUUGCCACAUCGGAGUUGCAGUCGGACUGGAUGGAGUGCUGGUGUAAUGAGCGGAGUAUAAAACCACCCGAGGACUCGGUAGAUUAAUUACUUCGAUUCCGAUCUCCGUCGCGUGCAUUACAUUACCCCAGAGUUCUCAGAACCCGACUGACCAAAAACCAAAUGAUGGGAAAAGUGAGCUUUCUGUUCUGUCUGGGCCUGGCACUGACUUUGAGCAGCGCCCUUGAACUGCAGCCGGAGCCGGACUACGGACCAGUGGCCUACGAGUUCCAUUGGUCGGUCAACGAUCCGCACACCGGUGACAUCAAGAGCCAAAAAGAGGUGCGCAAGGACGACAAGGUCGAGGGCGUCUACGAGCUGAUCGACUCCGAUGGUUACCGUCGCAUCGUCCAGUACAAGGCGGACGAUCACAACGGCUUCGAGGCGAUUGUCCACCGGGAGCCCACCGACAUCAAGAUCCCCCUGCCCGAGCCAUCCAAAAAGCUGAUCGCCGCCAAGCUAGUGGCGGCACCACUCGUGCACUACGCUGCCCCCAAGGCCCUCAUCAAACAAGAGCUGUCGCCAGAUCACUUUCAUAGAUGCCUCUUCAAUGGAAAAUAUUUGAUGAUAUUCAGAGCAUUCCAGUUAGGAGAUAAAGUUGAAAGAUUGCUUUGACUAUCUAUGUCCAAAAAGCAGCGAACGUGGCCUGACAAAGAGCCACGAAACUGUGCCCUAAAGUUGAUAAGAUUUUCGACUACUGAAGAUGAUACUAGUACCCGUAUCAAGUGAGGCCGAAAAUCCAGAAAUUAUAAAUCCCCCAAACAGAUGGCAUCGAUUCGGCAGAACCAAAAAAAUGGUCAGCGAGUGCGGUAUGUGUGGAGCCAAGUGCCAACUGACCCAUCGGAUCGGAUUGGAUCGGAUGGAUCGAUGCGGAUGGUAGAUGGUAACAGGUGAGAGGCAUUUCUUGGAGUGCUGAGACCUCUUGUUGCUAUCGACGAGUGCGGGUAGAAAUGCUUGAAUGUGUAUUACGGAAGCAGCGACCACUGGCGAUUAUAAUGUCGAUAUGUGGACCGGUCCGGCG